ACUAGACCUACCAUUUAAGACACAAUUAAAGUCACUGAAGAAUCAUUUAAUGCAAAACAAAAUGUUUCGUUUUGUAGUGCUGACUAUUCUUGGGCUCUUUACAUGUACUUAGUCUCAUCAGGAGACUAUGGAUGAUAAGUUAAAGUCUUUCUUCGACGUUGUAGGACGAUUGCUAGAUCAUGAUAAAAAGAUUGCUUCUCUCAUGGAACAGCUUCAAGAUGCAAAAGCGAUUAUUGAAACAAUGAAUAGAUCUCAGUCUGAUUUGUCUGCAAAAGGGUCACAAACCUCAGUCCUGAGCUACGCUGCCAAUACUUACACUCGCUGGGGUCGUUCUACAUGCCCAGGUAACGCCACUCUUGUUUACGAAGGUUUUGCUGCUGGGUCAGAUCAUUCACAUAAAGGGGCUGCUGUAAAUCACCUUUGCCUUCCUAGGGAUCCAAACUGGAAUAACAACACUAAAACACCCAGUGCGUUGGCCUUAAUCUAUGGAGGAGAAUACGAGACAUUUAAUGGCAUCUUUCACACUUUGCAUGACCAUGAUGUUCCAUGUGCGGUUUGCCGCGUCCCAAGAACCAAUAUCAUCAUGGUGCCUGGAAAAAAUGCCUGUUACCAAAAUUACGUUUUGGAGUAUAAGGGUUAUCUAAUGGCAGGUCACUAUGGUCAUCCAGCUUCUACAGAGUAUGUUUGUGUUGAUGGCGAACCUGAAAAAGCGAGAAAUUCCAUUGUUUCUAAUCACAAUGGAGUGCUCUUCUAUUUUGUUCGAGCAAAAUGUGGCUCUUUGAAGUGUCCUCCAUAUAAAGAAGACGAUGACCUUACAUGCGUCGUGUGUUCAUUUUCUCCAUAGAAUUAACAUCGUGUAUUUGCAUUUCAGUUACAAAUCAUAGUUAAGAAAUGUGUUGACAAUUGGAUUCCACAUAGUGCCGUUAAAGGUAGUCAUAAGUUUCAAAUGGUUUAUAGUAUCAACCUUUAAAUGACGGAUUUCCGUUUCAUCUAUAUGUAUUCGCUAGUAUAGUUUGUUGUUACAUUCAAUUUAAUCUACACGCACUUCUAUUGGAAUCAUGAAAUAAAAGAUAGUGGGAAAUGAUAACAACCUUGGUAAGAUUUAGUCUAUUCAUUAGAGGUAGAUAAAGUAUUCUUAACGGCGCCCCCCCCCCCCCCCCCCACACACACACACACCCUCUACCUCCAUCACGCAUUCGCUCUCUCCUAAAUCGAUUACAUGUCCACGAAGUACUGCAGCGAAACACACAGAGUACAAACAUUACGAAAUAGAUCCAUAGACCCUGAUCAUAACCCAUUACAUCUGUAACGAAUCAUCCUGUUUACUGAACCAUGCAGACAACAAGACGAAUUCUGUGCAAAAAAAUAAAUUGAUUUCAGACGUUUACAUUUAAAGUGAAAGUGAUUAUAAUUUGCAUGAAAAAAAAUAAGUACAACCAAUGGUUUAUUUUGCUUACAUAAUAUUGAAUUCGUAAGAUGCAUAGGCCCUUUUGAUCUUUAUGACUCCGUAUUUAACCACAUGACGUCAUGUAUAUUAAUGUACAUUUGUUGAUGUAAAUAGUAUUUUUAUGACAAUAAAAUCAAAUGAUUUACUUACGUUUGUUUUAUACAUCUGAUAAUUACAUUGAAAAAUAAAAAGAAUGCACUUAGACAAUUCCGAACAAGUUUCUAAUAUGUCUAUCUUUAUUGAGCGAAGCUCUAGAAACUUAAAAUACAAAGUUAACAUUUUGAAACUAUAGCUUGACUAUUGUACAUUAAUAUUUCUGUGAAAUGUUUUAUAUAAAUAAAAGAUCAUUUCUUGGCA